GGACCUUUCUAGGUGUUGAAACAAAGCCCGUGUGUCUCGCUUGCUACGAUAGCCAAUGUGUUACGCGGUUUCUCUCUUUGUUUUGUUUUAUUUUUUACAAUAGUUGUUAGGUUCAAACGUAGUAGUUUUGGUGUCAGACACAUAUUAUUAUUAACAAGGUCUUGUUCUUUGCUCUGAAGGUGGAUUGUUGCAGGCAACUGGGAGGACGAAUAUGUCUGGAAAGAGUUUUCGCGUCAGCGACGGAGACUGGAUUUGUCCAGAUAAAAAGUGUGGAAAUGUAAACUUUGCUAGAAGAACGAGCUGUAACAGAUGUGGCAGGGAAAAAACAACUGAAGCAAAGAUGAUGAAAGCAGGGGGAACCGAGAUUGGAAAGACCCUGGCUGAGAAGAGCAAAGGUCUCUUCAGUGCAAAUGACUGGCAGUGCAAAACAUGUGGCAAUGUAAACUGGGCCAGAAGAUCAGAGUGCAACAUGUGUAACACGCCUAAAUAUGCCAAACUGGAGGAAAGAACAGGAUAUGGUGGAGGGUUUAAUGAGAGGGAAAACUUGGUGUACAUUGAGCGAGAGGAGUCUGAUGGAGAGUACGAUGAGUUUGGGCGCAUUAAGAAGAAGUUUCGGGGCAAAAGCAAAAAUGAGAAUGAAAAGAAAGAGGAGCCUAAGAAGGAUUGUAAAAAGGAUGAUGAUGAAGAGGAUGAUGAAGAGGAUGAAGAUGAUGAUGAAGAUGGAGACCUUUCAAAAUAUAAACUUGAUGAUGAUGAUGAUGAUGAUGAAGAAGAUGCAGAUUUGUCCAAGUACGAUUUGGAUGCUAAUGAUGAAAAGAAAGGGAGUCAGUCAGGCUCUUCGCGCACAUCCUCUCGUUCAUCUAGUUCAAGCUCCCGGUCUAGGUCCAGAUCCCGGUCCAGGAGCUCAUCCAGUUCCAGAUCUCGCUCUCGUUCCAGGUCCAACUCCAGAUCCAGCUCCAGAUCUGGCAAGGGAUCUACUUCCUCGAAGAAGAGGUCUCGUUCCCCGUCAUCAUCGCCUGAGAAAGGCCAGAAGAGGAGUCGCUCCAGGUCGUCCUCUGGUGACCGCAAAAAAAGACGCACUGAAUCACACUCGUCUGAAAGGUGUAGAAGCUCAUCUGGAUCUCCCCACUCUGACUCAAGCUCAAAACAGAAAUGAUUAACAAAAGAAACACCUUUCUUAAAAUGCAUGUUGAUCUAACUCCAGAUCUUUUGUGCUAUUUCAACUGCCCAACUGUUUGAAUUCUCAUAUAAUAAUUUCCAUCAAAACACUUGUUCAAGUAACCUCUUCUCAAAAGUUUUCUGCCUUUUUUUUUAACAAAUAGCCAAUCCCUUAACAGUAUAACUAAGGUGUCAAAUCUGUAUUUGUCGGUAGGUUUAUAGAGCAACAACAUUCAGGUUUAUGACCGUAAAUGGCACAUCAUCUUCUGGACAUCACUAUUUUUGAUGGGCAAAUUAUGCAAAAUAUAAUGCAGAAGUAGUUCCAUUGUCUAUACAUUACAGUCAGAAUAUCCAGUUUAUUAAUGAAACCAUGUUGAUUUAAGGCUAAUUACAGAUGCUUGUUUUAUAGUUUUCUGUGAUGUGGGACAGCUCUUAAGAAACUUUGUUGGUUUAAACAUUACUUAACAAAGCUGGGCAUUUUUUAGGGAAUAGAGAGCUUUUCCUAUGAGGUGUAACAUUGCCUCUUCUAAUUGUGCGUUAAAGGUAAGUAAGUUGGGUUUUUUUUUUUAUUAUUAUUUAAUUGUAAAGAUUAUUUUCUCUUGACCAGACAGAUGAAAUGAUGUGCAAUGUUUUUCAGUGCCCUUUUUUUAAUGUAACUCUUUUUUUUUUUUUUUUGGUCUGAACUGAGUAAUCUUUAAUUUGAUGAUUAAUGAUCAUACUGUACAAAUUACCGCUAACCUAAAUUGGUAGUAUGGUUAUCUCUUUGAUGUGGUCUGCAAAUUAGGAACAUUCGAACAUGAAACAUCCCCCUUGCCCUUCCUGACAACAAGUAUCAUUUGAUACAUAAAGAAUGUUUAUUGUUCAUUGAAAUAGCAUAUGUAAUCAACAUGAAUAAACACUUGUUAA